GGUUGGAUUCGUUCUUAUCAGAUUUUCUAACAGAAGAGGUUGUGUGGGUGCUAUGAAACAAGAAUAGAAUCGAAUCUACAGAUCUCAAUUGAAGGGGGGGUUCACGCAGUUCUAUCUCAAUUUGGAGUGCGGUAGAGCUUACUGUUUGGUUCGGUAGAAAAAUUGGAGAUGGUAUUGGAAAGUUAAUUGGAAAAUUUUCGAAGAAGAGGGGGGGGAUGGCGAUAGCAGCAGCCGGGCAGCUGAAUGUGACCGAAUCUCCAGUUUGGGGAUCCAGAAGUGUCGAUUGUUUCGAGAAAUUGGAGCAGAUUGGCGAGGGCACAUACGGUCAAGUUUACAUGGCCAGAGAAAUAAAGACAGGUGAAAUUGUUGCUUUGAAGAAAAUACGAAUGGAUAAUGAGCGAGAGGGGUUCCCAAUAACUGCUAUACGCGAAAUCAAAAUUUUAAAGAAGUUGCAUCAUGAGAAUGUAAUAAAGUUGAAAGAGAUUGUGACUUCUCCUGGUCCUGAGAAGGAUGAGCAGGGUAGGCCAGAUGGUAACAAGUAUAAAGGUGGCAUCUACAUGGUUUUUGAGUAUAUGGACCAUGAUUUGACAGGUCUUGCUGAUCGUCCUGGGAUGAGAUUUUCAGUUCCACAGAUUAAGUGCUAUAUGAGGCAGCUUUUGACGGGACUUCAUUACUGUCACCUAAAUCAAGUUCUUCAUCGUGAUAUCAAAGGUUCUAAUCUUCUUAUAGAUAAUGAGGGUAAUCUCAAGCUUGCUGAUUUUGGACUUGCACGAUCCUUCUCAAAUGAUCACACCGGGAACCUUACAAAUCGUGUUAUUACUUUAUGGUACAGACCACCAGAAUUGUUACUCGGAACGACAAAGUAUGGUCCAGCUGUGGAUAUGUGGUCUGUUGGUUGUAUCUUUGCUGAGCUUCUGCAUGGGAAACCAAUUUUCCCUGGUAAAGAUGAGCCAGAACAAUUAAAUAAGAUUUUUGAGCUUUGUGGAGCCCCAGACGAAAUCAACUGGCCUGGUGUUUCAAAGAUUCCUUGGUAUAACAACUUCAAGCCAACAAGACCGAUGAAGAGACGUCUAAGGGAGGUUUUUAGGCAUUUUGAUCGUCAUGCUCUGGAGUUGUUGGAAAAAAUGCUGACUCUUGAUCCUUCUCAGAGAAUUUCUGCUAAGGAUGCGCUUGAUGCAGAGUAUUUCUGGACUGAUCCUUUGCCUUGUGACCCCAAGAGUUUACCCAAAUAUGAGGCCUCGCAUGAGUUUCAAACUAAGAAAAAGCGACAGCAACAACGACAACAUGAAGAAAAUGUUAAACGUCAAAAACUACAGCAUGCUCAGCAACAUUCACGCAUUCCAAACAUUCAGCAGACAGGGCAAGCACAUGGGCAAAUGCGGCCAGGACCAAACCUUACCAUGCAUGGUUCUCAACCUCCAAUUGCUGCAGGGCCAAGCCACCAUUAUGCAAAGCCUCGUGGACCUUCUGGAGGGCCAGGGAGAUAUCCACAGGGUGGAAAUAGUGGAGGAUAUAAUCACCCUAACCGGGGAGGUCAAGGUAGCGGACCAUAUCCCUCGCAAAAUCGAGGCCCACCAUAUGGUUCAAGUGGGAUGGGAGGUGCAGGUCCCCGAGGUGGAGGGGGUAGCGGGUAUGGAGCCAAUGCUCCUAAUUAUUCUCGGGGUCCAUACAGUGGUUCUGGUGCUGGUCGUGUCGAUGUGAUGAAUGGAAACCGGAAUCAUCAGUAUGGCUGGCAGCAGUAGUGGCACACUUUGAUGAUUGUAUCUAAUGGUAUUUUGGAGAGGAGACAUGUAAACUAAAUGGUCAAAGUUGAGAUAUGUGAGGAUGACGAUCUUGGUUUUUUUUUUUUUUUUUUUAAAUAACAAUAAUCAUCUGCAACAUGUAUCUGUAGAAAUAUUUACCUAUACUAUACCUUGUGAGGGUGUGACAUUACCUUUCAUUGACCUAGAUGAUGUAAUCAUGAAGCCAAUUUCCUGGCUUGUUCCCAAAAACAUUUACUUCUAAGACA